UAUAACUACAAUUAAAAUAUUGUGGUUCUGGACGUUGCCUGGAAAUAAACAAGAGUAAACCUUCAAUUAAAAAGACAUGAACCGUCUAUAUAUUUUAACUAUUUCAAAUAUCCUAAUCACAUUUUGAUACUUUUGACAUGUUUUUGACAACGUGGUUAUUUUUGUUUAGAAUUUUUUUUUUAAACCGCGCUGAAGUAUGUUCUUUGUUAUCGCCGUUUUUAACAAAUCAGAAAAAAACGUAGUCUUCAACAUCGACAGACAUGGAUGAGAAAAGUUGGCAGAAGAAGCUUUUGUAGCCGAGGAUUUUACAUGAAAACAUGGUCGAAUGUUUGGUAUCGCACUAGCCUGUUUCUUGGUGAUUUUGGUGAAUAUACCUGGUGUAACCACGAAGUAUACUAACCUUACAAUAUUACGCACUGCUAAACAAGCUUCACUCACCUGCAAUUACAUCAAUGCUAGUCUAAUGACGGUUACCGAGUCUUCAUAUGCACACCUUCAGAAUACCAUUUUCAGUUCAGCUUCACCUGCAUUGGAUGGUUGGCGCUUUUGGACAAAUAACAGAGCAAGCAAGCAAAAAUAUGUUGAAGGUCAGACAUAUUUUACGGAUUUUCCGUUAGACAAAGAAACAAGUGAAUCCAGCAGUCUAACAAAUUGUGUUUAUGGUGUCUAUAAACACAGUGAAAACAAAAUCGGAUGGGUUCCAUCUGGUUGUCGGAAUGAGAGAUGGAACGCAAUUUGCCUUCAAUACAAGGCUGUGUUUUCAGUGACAGAAUAUGCAACAAUGUACACACCAAAAGUCUCGUGGCAAAAGGCUAAGAGUGUUUGUCAGCAAGAAGGAGGGGUACUAGAUAAUUCAAAUAUAAAAAAUGUUGACCCAAUUUUUGAGGAUUCGGUUAUAUGGGCGGGAAUUAGCACAUAUUGGACGGAUAAUCACUCGCAGUAUGUCGGAGAAUUACAACCCAGGCCAUUUCCAAAUGAUGAGAAGCAAGACAAUACACAUUGUGUGAAGGCUACUUAUGUAGCAGAAGAGAAACAAUUAAAGUGGUCUACUGAAUCUUGUGAAUCAAAGAUAAGCUUUCUUUGCAUUAUCGAAGGAAAAGCAAAACUUGAAAGAUUCAAGAACAUUGUAAUAAUGCAUUCAUCGGGAAUAAGAUAUAAAGAAAACGUAUCAAAUGUAAGCGAAUGCAGUGACGAAGUGAUGAGAUUGUGGGAAAGCGGAUACGCCUGUCUAGGAUAUGAAUACAAUUUGGUGAAUUCCAGUUGCCGUUUUGUAGAAUACAAUAACUUUGCAAAUGGUUUCCAAAAACAAAUAAAGAGCUCGGAGACACUCGAUACAUAUUGGUUUAUUGAAUCUACCUGCAAGUAUAGUUAAAUUAACACA